AGUGCAGCAGGUGCUGUCCGUAUUUUUGCCACAAUGCUAUGGGGAUUUGUCUUAGUUAGUACUGUUAUUGCCAUCAUCAAUAUCGUCAAUUUGGCUCAAAAUAAACAAACAGCAAUCGACAGAUGUAUAUCGCAAGCUAAUUCCACAAUUCCCGAUAUAAAUCAAGGGAAAGCCGCAGAAAAUCUUCCUGGUGUUUGUAAUAGUAUAGAAACCAUGAGGAUCAUAAUUUUUGGGGUUAUAGCAGGUGUAAUUAUAUUAAUUCAAGCGUAUUUUGCUAGGGAAGCCUCUCGUUUCGCAGAGCAACUUGAAAGAAAUUAUUUUAGUAAACAUGAUCAGGGUCAUUCAUCUCGAAGCGAUUCUACAGGAUCUGAUCCAUACGCACAUCAUAACAAAAUUUAA